AUGGAGGCAGCUCGUGGACCCCCCAGGGUCAAGAACAAGGCGCCCAGCGCCAUCCAAAUAUCAGCGGAACAGCUUCUGAGAGAAGCUGUCGAUCGCCAGGAGCCAGGGCUGCAGGCGCCAACACAGCGAUUCGCCGAUCUCGAAGAGCUUCAUGAGUUCCAAGGCAGAAAGCGGAAGGAGUUCGAGGACUAUGUGCGGAGGAACAGGAUUAAUAUGAACAAUUGGAUGAGAUAUGCACAAUGGGAACUUGAGCAGAAGGAAUACAAGCGAGCGAGAUCCAUUUUUGAGCGAGCUCUCGAUGUUGAUGCUACUUCUGUCACAUUAUGGAUUCGAUAUAUCGAGGCGGAAAUGAAAUCUAGGAAUAUCAACCAUGCCCGAAACCUGUUGGACCGCGCAGUUACAAUUCUACCCAGAAUCGAUAAAUUGUGGUACAAAUACGCCUAUAUGGAGGAGAUGCUGGGGAACAUUCCCGGAACGCGGCAAGUUUUCGAGAGAUGGAUGACCUGGGAGCCGGACGAGGCAGCGUGGAGCAGUUAUAUAAAGCUGGAGAAGCGAUAUGGCGAGUUUCAAAGAGCCCGAGAGAUCUUCCAGCGAUUCACGAUAGUUCAUCCAGAGCCGAGGAACUGGAUCAAAUGGGCUAGAUUUGAAGAAGAAUUUGGGACCAGUGAUCUUGUCAGGGAGGUGUUUGGCACCGCUGUUGAGGCAUUAGGUGAUGAAUUUAUGGAUGAACGGUUAUUCAUUGCAUAUGCAAGGUACGAGGCGAAGCUGAAAGAGUACGAGCGUGCGAGAUCAAUCUACAAGUACGCCUUAGAUCGUCUGGCAAGAUCCAAAUCACUUGCUCUCCACAAGGCCUACACCACUUUUGAGAAGCAAUUUGGUGAUAGAGAGGGUGUAGAGGAUGUGAUCCUGUCAAAGCGACGGGUCCAAUAUGAGGAACAAGUCAAAGCGAACCCCAAAAACUACGACGCGUGGUUUGACUAUGCCCGGUUAGAGGAAGUAUCUGGAGAUGUCGACCGAGUCCGCGAUGUCUAUGAGAGGGCGAUUGCUCAAAUACCACCUACGCAGGAGAAGCGACAUUGGAGACGAUAUAUCUAUUUAUGGGUUUUCUACGCUAUCUGGGAGGAGAUGGAAACCAAGGACACGGAGCGUGCGAGGCAGAUUUACCAGGAAUGCCUGAAACUUAUCCCCCAUAAGAAAUUUACGUUCGCCAAAAUCUGGCUCAUGAAGGCACAGUUUGAAAUUCGGCAACAGCAACUAUCUCCCGCAAGAAAGACCCUCGGCCAGGCUAUCGGGAUGUGUCCUAAAGACAAGUUAUUCAAAGGAUACAUCGAACUCGAAAUGAAAUUGUUCGAGUUUACUCGAUGCCGAACUCUCUAUGAGAAGCACAUCGAGUGGAAUCCCGCAAAUUGCCAAGCCUGGAUCAAGUUCGCUGAAUUAGAACGAGGUCUCGAUGACUUAGAGCGUACCCGUGCCAUCUUUGAACUCGCUAUCACCCAAACCCAACUAGACAUGCCAGAGUUGCUAUGGAAAGCAUAUAUUGAUUUCGAGGAGGAGGAAGGCGAGUAUGAGCGAACUCGCCAACUCUACGAACGGCUGCUCGAGAAGACCGACCACGUUAAGGUCUGGAUUAGCUAUGCCCAUUUUGAGAUCAACGUCCCAGAUGAGGAAGAAGAGGAGGAAGAGGAGAAACCUAUUAGCGAGGUCGCCAAGACGCGCGCGAGGAAGGUGUUUGAGCGUGCUCUUAAGAGCAUGAAGGAUAAGGAGUUGAAAGAAGAGCGAGUCUCUCUACUCAACGCAUGGCUUUCCUUCGAGCGAACACACGGCUCGGCAGAGGAUAUCGAAGAGGUCCAGAAACAGAUGCCUCGGAAGACCAAACGUCGUCGCAAGUUGGACGACGACAGCUACGAGGAGUAUAUCGAUUACGUAUUCCCUGCCGACGACAGACAGACCGAGAAACUUUCCAACUUCCUCGCUAUGGCCCAAUCUUGGAAACAGGCUGGUGGAACUAUCACUGGAGAUGCUGCGGAUGGCGAGUAA